AAUAUUCUGCCUCCUCUUUAUACACGCAAAUGCUAGCUCUCUGGAAAAUUGAAUGCGUGCCCUGGUGAAUUUUCAGUGAUUAAUUCGAAGUCUGUUUCUAUAACGAGCCAUGAAGAGGUAAAUGUAGCCAUGAUUGCCAUGACACCAAGUCAUCAAGAAGAUCAAAAAAACUUCUUGAUUCUGUGUUGGCAACGAGUGACAAGAACUCUUUGUUUCAUCAUUUACAUGCUUAUGUGUUGAAGAAUUUAAGGUGAUUGAUUGACUAAUGGCAUAUCAGAAGCACCGAAUCUUGAUGGUUUCAGAUUUUUUCUAUCCUAACUUUGGUGGCGUGGAAAGCCACAUCUAUUACCUAUCACAAUGUCUACUAAAGCUUGGUCACAAGGUGGUGGUUAUGACUCAUGCUUAUGGUAAUCGCUCUGGGGUCAGAUACAUGACUGGUGGCCUGAAAGUUUACUAUGUACCAUGGAGACCAUUUCUUAUGCAAAACACAUUACCAACCUUUUAUGGGACACUUCCAAUUAUAAGGACUAUUCUUAUUCGUGAAAAAAUAUCUUUGGUGCAUGGUCAUCAAGCUUUCUCAACUCUUUGUCAUGAAGCUUUGAUGCAUGCACGUACAAUGGGAUACAAAGUUGUUUUUACUGAUCAUUCACUCUAUGGUUUUGCUGAUGUUGGAAGCAUCCACAUGAACAAAGUAUUGCAGUUUACUUUAGCAGAUGUUAGCCAGGCCAUCUGUGUUUCUCAUACAAGCAAGGAAAACACGGUGCUACGAUCAGGUGUACCUCCAGAAAAGGUCUUUGUGAUACCAAAUGCUGUAGACACUGCCAUGUUCAAACCUGGUCCUGAGAGACCUCGUGGUAAUGAAAUUGUCAUUGUUGUCAUAAGUAGAUUGGUUUAUCGGAAGGGUGCUGACUUACUCGUUGAAGUCAUUCCAGAAGUUUGCCAUCUGUUUCCAAAUGUUCGUUUUAUUGUUGGUGGAGAUGGACCUAAACGUGUGCGGCUGGAAGAGAUGAGGGAGAAACAUUCUCUUCAAGAUCGAGUUGAAAUGUUGGGUGCUGUGCCACAUGCACGUGUGCGAUCUGUCCUGAUUUCUGGUCACAUAUUCUUGAACAGUUCUUUAACAGAAGCAUUCUGCAUUGCAAUAUUAGAGGCUGCUAGUUGUGGACUAUUGACAGUCAGUACACGCGUCGGAGGUGUCCCAGAGGUCCUACCAGAUGACAUGAUUGUACUUGCAGAACCAGAUCCUGGUGAUAUGGUACAGGCAAUUAAAAAGGCAAUCUCUCUUCUUCCAAAAAUUGACCCACAAAUUAUGCAUGAGCGUAUGAAGAAACUCUACAAUUGGCAUGAUGUUGCCAAAAGAACAGAGAUUGUCUAUGACCGUGCUUUGAAAUGCCCCAAUCAAAAUUUUUUAGAGCGAGUCUCGCGGUAUCUCUCCUGUGGUGCUUGGGCAGGGAAGCUUUUUUGCUUGGUUAUGAUAAUUGAUUUUCUGCUAUGGCGUUUAGUGCAAUUAUUGCAGCCAACGGAGGAUAUUGAGGAGGUGCCUGAAUUUACUGUUUCCAAUCACCAAGAUAGAGAGAUGUUCUUGAAUUCCAGUGAAGUCCAAAGCUCGAGAUGAUAUCUAUGAAGACUCAGUUUUCCUGAGUAUCUUUUAUUCGACUCUGCCCCUGAGAGGGAAGAUUUUUUCUGAAACAUGUCAUCCUUUAUAUAAUAGAUACUAACUGAACAGUGAAUGUCCAAGUUAAAAGGCCACCUGAUCAUAUCCCUUGACGAGCUUCCAUUUCUGAAUUGGUGGAAAUUGCACAGAGAUGGCAUGGAUGCUACUCUUUUUUUUUAUUAUUAUUUUUUAUGGUGGGUGGGUGUUGUUUACAAAGGAGGGGGAGGGAGGCUCAAACUUGGAACCUUGUCCAAGUUGUGAGGUGUAUUUACCGCUAGACUAGGCUUGUAAAUGCUAUAAUAGUCCCCUAAAGCAUUUCAAAGCCUUAAUGUUCAUUUGAUGUCUGACAAAAUUGUAAGAAUUGAUAUUCUCAGAAUGUUAGGAUUUAUUUUCUCAGAACUGAAAGCUAUUAACUCCCUUCCCAAUUUUUUGGAGGGCUUAAACUGAAGAAAAUCGUGCCCUAUAAAUAAGAACACUUUUUUCUUGA